GGGAGGAGUCACGGUCGAGCAUACGUGGCAACACAAGACGUCAUCACAGUGGGUCGGUGGUUCCUCCAUGGGUGCGGUGAGUUAGUCCUGCUAGCAGUGUAGGUAUAAGGCUGAGAAGAUGAUGGAAGAGAGUGGGAUUGAGACUACGCCACCUGCCAGUCCUACACUUCCUCUGACUGUGGCUGCCACAGUCAGUGCCCCACCAGUGACCAUAGGCACCAGCACCAUCUCCAUGGGUUCCCUCUCAGUCUCCACCACUCUUCCCCCUGUUCCCUCCCCCUCUGCCUUCAACAGCCCUCUGGCCUCACCCCCUUCCCUCUCCUCCCAGUUUCCCCCUCCCUCCACACUCACUUCUCCCUUCACCAGCAGCUCUCCCUUCCCUCCCUCCGCCUCCCCCUCUCUGCCUCCACUGGCCUCCCCCAUCAGACCACUUCAGCCCUCAGCUGUGUGCGCCCCUCCCAUAGGCCCACCCAUAUCCAGCUUCUCCAUGAGUGCAGGAUACGACAUCACACGGGGUCAUGCUGGUCGAACACCGCAGACACCACUGAUGCCAACGUUCUCCAGUCCUUCCACCAUGCCAGAAGUUGUCCCAUCAUAUCUUCCAGGCGUAGUGUCCAACGCCAUGGUUCAGCAGCCAGCCAUGACAGGGGGAUUAGAUACUGGAUCUCCCAUAACCUUCCCAGAGGAGCAGGAAGAUCCCAGGGUGUCUGGAGAAAUCAACACUGGUGGAGGCAUCUGGGGCUUCAUCAAGGGAGUAGCAGGUAACCCUGUAGUAAAGACAGUCCUGGACAAAACCAAACACUCUGUGGAGUCCAUGAUCACCACUCUGGAUCCUGGCAUGGCUCCAUACAUUAAGUCUGGUGGGGACAUCGACAUUGUGGUGACUUCAGAUAAGGAGAUGAAUGUCGAGGCAGUCAGAGAUGCUUUCCAGGAGGUUUUUGGAAUGGCCAUGGUGACUGGAGAGCCUGGUCAGUCCAACAUUGCCCCGCAACCUGUGGGCUAUGCAGCUGGUAUCAAGGGGGCUCAGGAGCGCAUUGACAGUCUGCGCCGGGCCGGUGUGAUCCAUGAGAAACAGCCAGUGGUCUCUUUGGAAAACUUCAUUGCUGAGCUCUUUCCUGACAAGUGGUUUGACAUGGGCUGUUUGAUCCUGGAGGACCCUGGUUACAGCAUCCGCAUCGAGGUCUUCACUCAGGCAACUCCUCUGGCUCUAGAUCAUGUGCAACAGGCUCAAUCCUUGACCCCUUCUGACUACAGCUUGCGCUGGUCAGGUUUGAUUGUUCCAGUGGGUGAGGUCCUGGAGCGCAGCCUGCCCAACAUCAACAGAGCAGACUGGCAUCAAACAAUGACAGGCAUGACCCAACGCCAGAUGAUCCAGAGCGCUGCCAAAGCUCUGGCUGGAAUCUACAAACAGCAGCUGCCACCCAGGACUGUGUGAGACUGAAUUCUUCCAGUUUUUUUCACAUACUGGGAGACAGGUGGAGACAUGUUGGAAUAAAAAGUAGCUGAUGGGACAGAGAAGUUCCUCAUUGCCCAUCAUCAGUCCCCCAUCUGUCCUUGCAGGGCAAAAUCAAAUGCCCAUUUCUUUAAAGUCAUUGAUAUUUGUGCAGCACACAGCACACAUCAGCAGGGUUUUAGAGAAACACUGUAAGAUAUCAAGUCAGUUUGUUUCCAAUUCAGACUUAGAAAGACAUAACAUAAAGACAUAACCCUUAACUGAUCAUCUCCUCCUAUCUGUGUGUAUCCAGUGUGUAUCAUUGACUACCACCAUAGACCCUCUGACACACUUGCAAUGAGACGGUUGAGGGGAUGGAUAUUUAGUUGGUUCCAAUCUGCAUUCUCACCACUAGAUGCUACUAAAUCCUACACGCUGCUCUUUCGAUAUCACCAACCUUAAGCCAAACUGUGGCAAUAUUUUGUUUUCUUGUUUAGUUUCUGAAUGUUUAAGGUUAUUGUAGUGACUUAGAUUGACUGUGUCCCAGUUGUAUUCUAUAUCCUAGAGGUUGUCACAGAUCCAAAAUUUUGGAAAACCUACUUGAACAUUACUUGCACCAAUUGAUUUUUUUAAAGAGAAGAGAUCCAGAGAGACCCAAACAGUGAGAGAACAUCAACACUUUGACCUGAAACCUGAGACAAGUAGAAAAACAUGACCCUAUCACACCCAAUAAAACUUGAUAUGAUGUGGACCUGCCGUGACGUGGAUUGGGUCUUUGAUGCUACUAAAUCCUACUGUAUACUUAACACUGUAAAUCUGACUUUGUACUAAAAUUGGCAGGGCACUAUUUUGGCAAUUACUACACAAGAAACUAGUGUGCUGUUUUGUAGUAACAGGAAAUGAUGCAAGGGAUGUGUCUUUUUUUCCUCCUGAUAUCCUCACACUGCUGCCAAUUUCAGACCUUAAAAAGUAUAUAAAAUGUUUUCUAAGGAUUUGAUUUUGUGUGUUCAUUUCUGUUUUCUGAGCUGUUGCUAUAACCAUCAGUCCACUGUCCACAUUUUUAAAGAUUACUUCUUGCUGUGAAUAACUUUUUACUGGAAAAAAUAUUACACAAGCAUGAAUUAACUUGCUGGGAGGCCCUGGGGCUAAAAUGAGCCACUAGGCCACAAUCAGUAGUGUUUGUGCACUCAUUUCCUACACUAAUUUAUGUAAUCCUUCAUUGUAUGGUAAUUUGAUCAAGCACAAAUUAAUUAGGCAAUUUUCAGCAUGUUCACUUGAUAAUAAAUUGAUAAAGGUAUUAACUCUAGCCAUCUGGUAAGGCCUUUAUGUCAGGUGAUGUUAUGCUUUAGUGGUGCAUACAUAACUCUCAUAAAUUGCCACAGAGUGAACAAGGGGUAAAGAAUGAACCUUAGAGGUGGCCCCGGGGGUCAGAGGCUAAUCAAUACUGUGCUGAAAGUGGUUCAUUGUUUUGAAGCAGUAACUGCAGUCAAAAUGGUGUCAUCUGUUGGCCAACCUGUGGUACUGCUUUUGUGUGAAAGGGUUGAAAGAAAGAUAAUAAUGAAACAAUGAGUCAGAGGUGAAGUCGUCUCACUGCUCACAUUACUGAGAUUUAGUAUAAAAUAUCUCAUAAAAUGAGCAUAUACAGACAUUCUAAUUCCACUACACUGAUCCUAGUUCCAUGCUUCACUCAGUUAAUAAGUCCAGCAAGUUUUGUCUGCAUACUUCUCUUUCUGUGUGUACUUCACUGAUCAUCACUCAUUUUUCCACUGUGAAUGCACUAAAGCCAUUUAGAAUCAAUAUAUAGUGUGCAACUGGGACACAACUAGAAUGGUCUGAUGAUAUAUGUUUUAGAUAUGUGUCAGUUUAAAAACAGUAUAAUUUCAUUCAUUUCAUAUACACAUACAUAUUGAUUCUUGCUUGUUUUAUUGUAAAAUAUUUGCCCACCAUAACUCUCGUGCUGUAUGUACUCAUCAGGUAAAAACACAUUCUGACCCAUGCUAACAGUAACCUGGGCUUUGAUCAGAGGGAACUUUGUGAAGUUUGGGGGGGAAGAACAUUCUUCGCUGUACUCUGUGUCCUCUAAAUGUGCCUUUUUACUCAAAUAAAAUCAGUCACUUUGU